AUGUCAAAUAAGAAAAGUGGUCAGGCCAAAGGAAAGGAAGCUGAAAAUAUUGUGGAAGCGUAUCUCGUAGAGCAAUACCGUCCAUAUGCGGCCAAUGAUAUUGUACAAAAUCUCAACAAGAGCGUUGCGAAAACUAGCGUUAUUAAAGCUUUGGAGACUCUGGUGAAAGAAAAUCGCAUUACCUGCAAAAUGUUCGGAAAGAUUGCAAUAUAUGUGUGCAAUGAGCAAGAGCUUGAGCAUCAUGAUGAUUUAAGCUUUGAAGAGGUUUCUUUUGAAGCCUUGAUGGAGCUAAGAGAAGAGCUUAUUCGAGUUGAGAAAGAUCGAAACGAAGUGGCAACACAAUUGCAAAGCACGAUGAAAACGCCUUCGAACGCUGAAAUAGGGAUCGCCAUUGAUGCUACGAGAAAAGAAGUUGCUGAGAUACAACAGCGUUUGAAAGGCCUUGAAUUGCAGUGGAGACCAGAAGAUGAAAAAACUAUUAGGCUGAUCAAGGAAUAUGAGCAAAAAAUCGAUAAGCAGAUCAACGCAAGGAAGAAGAUGUGGGCCUCUGCUCUUUUACUGGUCAAGGAAGCAUUGGCAAUCAAAAAUCUAGACGAAUUCCUCGAGGAACUGGGGGUUGAGAAAGUGGACUGA